GAAUGAAAAAAUGAGUAGUUCUAAUGACAUCUCCGUUUCUAAGACCAAUGAAAGUGGCAUUUCUAAGACCAAUGAAACUAGCAUUUCCAAGAUCAAUGAGAGUAAUGUUAUUAAGAUCACUUAUCCUAAUGACUCAUCAUCUUCUAAAUCAGGGACUGUUGAAAUUACUCAAACUCGUAAGUGGGCUUUAUUAUUGGCAUAUUCACAAUGA